GAAAGUAUUUUAUGUCAAAUAUUCGUUGUUAUAUUAAUGUCUGUUGCUAAGUAUGAACGAAGUUGGUCCAUCUCUGGUGACAACGUAUACUUUUAAAAGUGGCAAAGAAUACAUUGUAAAGAUUAAAGUUACUGCUUUUAAGGGAUGUCAGCGUAAUUUGGAGCUGUCUAUUACCGAUAAAUAUUCUGCUGAGAAUUGGCAAUCUUUUUAUGAUGCUGCAUACAUUGAAAAUUUAACGCAUAAAACUGGAAAUUACAAACAUUUUGAUGUAUUUGUGGCUAUGCUACAAUCUGGAUUAUUAAAAACAAGCGAAUCUAUUACUCUGGAUCUUUUAACAUUUGAAGAUCUAGAAUUGUUACGUGCUCGUAAAUUUGAAUGUAAUUCAUAUCCAAGUUUGGGUAAUUCAACAAAUAAUCGUCGAUAUCUUAUAUUAACAUAUACAGUAGAAUUUGAUAGAAUUCAUUAUCCAUUACCCCUGGAAUAUUGUGGUUUACCCAAUCCAAUAAUAUUACAAGCUACCAUUAGAAAAUUACAAGCUGAACUUGAGAAAUUACAAUCUACAAAAAUAAAUAGAGAUCUCCAAAAACAUAUUGAGCAACUUACAAUUAUAAACAAAAAACUUCUACAAGAAAAUCAUAAACUCACAAAUGGAGGAAAAGACUUAAAACAUUUAUUGGGAUCAAUUAAGUCAUUAGAAAGUAGUAUUGUUAAAGAACGUACUUCUUUUUGCAAGCAAAUUCAAAAACUUAAAGCUGAAAAUGCAGCUUUGUUAUUAAAAGUACAACAACUUACUGCAUCUGCUAAUAGAAAAUCAGGAAAUAAUAAUUCAGCUUUUAAACAACGAAAUUGUAUACCUCCUAUGUUUAGACAACGAAGCAGAAGUAGAUCUUCUUCACUUUCAAGUCGUAAUAAAACUUCUAGUUUAUCAUCAGGCAGCUCAUUGGAAUCUGUUAAAAUGCAACAAUCUCCUUCUCGAAAUGUAAAAGUGUAUAAGAAUAAAAAAAAGAAUCCAAAAGUUGAGUUUGAAAAUUUGGAAGCAAGAAUCCAUACAUUACAAAAAAUGUUGAAAGAAGGAGUAAACUUAAAUUAA